CAGAGCAGCCAUGAACAAAGCUAAGAGAAUCCUGACUCACCACCGACUCGCUAACGCGCUCUACUCAACUCAGCCCACCCCAGCUCGCUCCAUUCGAAAACUGGUGACCCAUGCGCCUCAUUUCUCUACUUCCUUACUGGUAAAAAACCGAUCUUUAAUCAAUUUCAGCUCCUACAAUAAAGGCCUCUUCUUUUCAUCAAAACCCGAAUCAUUUCUCGAGAUACUGUCCUCCGAUGAUUGGCCUAAGAAAUUGGAGAAGGAGCUAAAGGACUCGAAUUUAGUGUUAACCCAUGAAACCGUAGUCUAUGUGCUGAAGAAACUGAGCAAAGCCCCCAAAAAUGCAUCGAAGUUCUUGAAAUGGGCUGUGGGGGAGAAAGGGUUCGAGCCGAAUUCGUCGAUUUAUAGUUUGGUUUUGAGAAUUUAUGCGAAUAAGGAACUGAUGAAGGAGUUUUGGGUGACUAUUAAGGAAAUGAGAGAUAAGGGGUAUUACCUUGAUGAGGAGACUUACAGGACUAUUUGCUCGACGUUUCGUGGCUUGAGGAUGGAGAAUGAGGCUACUGCUUUGAGGCAUUUUUAUGAGAGAUUGAUUCAAGAGAAUGUGAUGGAGGAUAGGGUGAAGGAGGUGGUUGAUGUGAUCAAGAGCUGUGAAUGGGGAGAGGAGGUUGAGAGGAAAUUGGAGGAGAUGGAGAUUAAGGUUUCGGAUAAUUUCAUGUUGAGGGUGUUUAAGGAGCUUAGAGGAAAGGGUCACCCUUUGAGAGCUCAUAGGUUUUUCAAGUGGGCUGAGGGGAGUUUGGGUUUCAAGCAUAAUGGUGUGACUUAUAAUGGAAUGCUGAGGGUGCUUUGUUGGGAGGAGUCGAUUUCUGAGUUCUGGGGCGUGCUUGAGGAGAUGAAGGGUGCGGGUUUUGAGUUGGAUAUUGAUACGUAUAUUAAGGUUUCGAGGCAGCUACAGAAGAACAAAAUGGUGGGGGAUGGUGUGAAGCUCUAUGAACACAUGAUGGAUAGCUCCUUCAAGCCCUCAGAUACCGAAUGCAGCUUGCUUCUGCGGGCAAUUGCAACGUCCAGUACUCCAAAUAUUGAUUUGAUGUAUAGGGUUGUGAAAAAAUACGAGGCAUCAGGGCAUUCUUUCUCUAAACAGAUAUAUGAUGGGAUUCAUAGGUCUCUUACUAGUCUCGGGAAGUUUGAUGAAGCUGAGGAAAUCGUGGAGAAGAUGAGGGAUGCCGGUUUUGAGCCUGAUAACAUCACCUACAGUCAGUUAGUAUUUGGUCUUUGUAAAGCAAGAAGAUUUGAUGAAGCUGCUGAGGUUCUUGAUACGAUGGAGGAACGAGGCUGUCCACCUGAUAUCAAGACAUGGACAAUUCUAAUCAAAGGGCAUUGUGCAGCUAACGAGAUUAGCGACGCGUUGGCUUGUUUCACAAAGAUGACAGAGAAGGGCUUUGAUGCUGAUGCUGACCUCUUGGAUGUCCUAAUAGGCGGGUUCAUGAGCCAGUCACGUGCAGUGGGUGCCUACGAACUGCUGAUGGAGUUGGUGCAGAGAGCUCGUUUGAGGCCUUGGCAGGCGACUUUCAAGAAUCUGAUUCAGAAGCUUCUAGCUGAGAGUAAACUCGAAGAAGCCAUGGAGCUUCUUCGUUUGAUGAAGAAACAUAACUACCCUCCUUUCCCGGAGCCAUUUGUUCAGCAUAUUUCCAAAUUCGGGUCAGUCGAGGAUGCCUGGGAGUUCUUGACCGCACUGAGUGUGAAGGAGCAUCCGACUGUUUCAGCUUACCAGCAUGUCUUCAAAUCCUUCUUUAAUGAAGGUAGACAUUCUGAGGCCAAAGAUUUGCUGUUUAAGUGCCCCCAUCAUAUUCGUAAACAUCCUGCAAUUUGUAGCCUUUUUGGUUCUGCUAUUUAGUGGCAUUAAUCUUGUUGUAUUUGGCCAAAUUCUGCUAUGAGUUGUUACACUUUAUUUAACUCUUACUUCAAACAUCUACUAUAGUUUUUGUGAUGCU